AUGGAAUUCAAUUCAGCUUUAAAAAAAGGCUCUUUACUUGAUCGCCCGAAGGUGACGGAAGAGAGGAGAGGAGAGAAUGCCUCAGUUUUGGUGAACUCUGAUGUGAACACCACCGCUUCUGCUGCUCCCUCAGUAUCGACUGAGGAAGCUGCAGCAAAUGCAACAGAAAUUGUUGCUGCGAAGAAGAAGAAGAAAAAGGAAGACGAAGCCCUUCGGGCUUUCGUAGCCAAAGCGGUGGAGAAACGGAGCCAAACGUCUGAAAAGAGGAGAGAACGAAAAGCGAAAAAGGAAACGGAACAGCCAAUGUGCUGGGUGUAUCCUUCACCUACUGAGGCUGCACACGAGGAAAAGAAAGAGGAAGCGAACCUCCAAAUAGGAAACCCCAAGCCUGAAACCCAAGAAGAAGAAGGGGGGGAAACUGUGCAAGUGACGGAAAUCAAGGACGACGAAGAAAUCGUGCAAAGAGGAGAAAUCAAACAAGAAGAGGAACUCAUACGAGAUGAAGUCAUCCCACAAGAAGGGGAACCUGUACAAGAGAAGUAUAAAGUGUCAUCACCUGAGGUCUUGCCUGUUGCAUGUCAAGCACAGAACAGCAGCAGCAGCAGCAGCAAGAACAACGACGCCAGCAGCAGACGCGGAAGCGAGCACUCAGAAACGGGCGGCCUCUCACCAAACAUAUUUGCCCGUUUGCCCCCAUCAGCAGAUACCCUGAGGGACUCAACAGAAGAUACCGAGAGGCCACCGCCAUUGCCCGUUUGCCCCCAUCAGCAGAUACCCUGA